GAGAGAGAGUGUGUGUAUAUAUAAAGAGAAGCAAGGAAGUGUUCCCCCUCAAAACUCCAAGGUGUGAAGAGGUAGCUAUGGAAAUAGAAGAGCAAGGAGGAGGUAUGACGUCAUCAAGGUUCAGGCGCAUCUGUGUAUACUGCGGAAGCAGCCCCGGCAAGAAUCCCAGCUACCAACUCGCCGCAAUUCAGCUCGGCCAACAACUGGUGGAAAGGAACAUUGACUUGGUAUAUGGAGGAGGAAGCAUUGGCUUGAUGGGUCUAAUCUCCCAAGUUGUCUAUGAUGGGGGACGCCACGUGUUAGGAGUGAUUCCAAAGACGCUCAUGCCAAGAGAGUUAACUGGAGAGACAGUGGGGGAAGUAAGAGCAGUUUCAGGAAUGCACCAACGCAAGGCUGAAAUGGCCAGACAAGCUGACGCUUUUAUUGCUUUGCCAGGUGGAUACGGAACCCUCGAAGAGCUUUUGGAAAUCAUCACCUGGGCUCAACUAGGAAUCCAUGACAAACCGGUGGGGUUGUUGAACGUGGAUGGCUACUAUAACUCGUUGCUGGCAUUCAUGGAUAAAGCUGUGGACGAAGGUUUUGUAACACCAGCUGCCCGUCACAUUAUUGUCUCUGCCCAAACUGCCCAAGACCUCAUGUGCAAGCUUGAGGAAUAUGUCCCCAAGCACUGUGGUGUGGCCCCAAAACUAAGUUGGGAGAUGGAGCAACACUUAGUUAAUAACGCUGCAAAGUCAGAUAUUUCCCGUUGACUCAACCAUAAUCUCAUUCCUACACUAAUCCACUAUCAACUACUUUUAGAUUUAUUAGUGUAUAACCUUCAACUUUACAAAAACACUUCACAAAACCCAAAUCAUGUAAUGUGUAUGUAUGUAUGUAUGUAAGCCCCACAUAAUAGGGUAACCAUAUAGUCUUUUUCUUUUUUCUUUUUUUUUUUUUUCCUUUUUAGCUGUGGAUAUGAAUAUGGUCAAUUCAAUUUCAUAUGCAUCUUUGGCUAUGUUUAAUUUGCUUAAUAGUAUUAGAAGGCUUCUUAUUAUAUACGUACGGCUCAA